UCUCGUUUAAGAUUUUUGGGGUUUUUUUUCUUAAGAACCCUCGACCUAUGCCUUCUCGUUGGUUCAACUGUGCAUAGCUCUCCUUCAUCCUUCACGAUUUCUCCUCAGGCUUCCAUAUCCUUAAACUUUUGAACAACCGCUGACCUUCUACGAUCUCCGCCGCCAUUCCUUCUAGACUGGAACCUCCAUCUGCCCCUGCCUCCUGAUAGGAGUGCACUGCAGGAGAUAGUCAAUUAUGGUCGUCUCCUUUGAUUUGCAAACUUUCAUUUUACGUGCUCGAGUGCUGAAGCUGUAUAGACAAGCAUUACGAGUUGCUAAAAGAGCACCUCCUCAUACUAAAGGAGAAUUGAUGCAAACAGUUAGACAAGAAAUGGAGAAGAACAAAGAUUGCAAUGACAAGCAAAAGAUUCGUUACUUGAUUAGUGAAGGAAUGGAGAGACUGAAGGGUUUAGAUGAGAUGCUUGAUAUGCAAGGCCAUUGACCAUCAACUUUGACUCUCACAUCCAUUUUAGUCAACUCAACGGAAGUCAAAAUAUCUGCAAUGCACCUUUGGAUCUUAUGGUUUGAAGGAGAUGAGAAACUUUGGUUAUUUAAACAUAUUAUUGAAUUUGUAAAAGAUCUGGCUUGUUGAACAUGAGUUUAAAGGAGAGCAAGCAACUCUUAAUAGGGGAAAUUGUAGGAAAUAGCAAUGCACUAUACUCUUGCUAGCAAUAUAGGUUGUUUCCUUAUAUUUUUUGCCAAUAAUAAUAACAUAUGAGAGGUUCUUUACCCAUAA